AUGGGAAAGCCAUUCAAGGGAAUAAUUCAAGAUGUCAAAGGAAGAGCUCAAUGCUAUAAACAAGAUUGGGCUUGUACAGUCUGUACUGGCCUUAGCAUAUUGGCUCCAACGUUCUACAUAUUCUUUGCUUCUGCUCUUCCUGUCAUUGCUUUUGGAGAGCAACUUAGUAGGGAUACAGAUGGAAGCUUGAGCACAGUGGAAACACUUGCAUCUACUGCUAUUUGUGGAAUUAUCCACUCAAUACUUGGUGGCCAACCAUUGUUGAUUUUAGGAGUUGCUGAACCCACUGUUAUAAUGUACACUUAUCUCUACAGUUUCUCCAAGAAAACACCAGAACUAGGUGCCAAGCUCUUUCUGGCUUGGGCUGGUUGGGUUUGUGUUUGGUCAGGAUUCUUCUUGAUUCUGCUUGCAAUUUUCAAUGCUUGCAAUAUUAUCACAAGGUUUACAAGAAUUGCUGGGGAGUUAUUUGGGAUGCUAAUAACUGUUCUUUUCUUUCAAGAGGCUAUAAAGGGAUUGAUAGGUGAGUUCAGCACGCCCAAGUCUGAAGAUCCUUCCUCAGAGGAAUUUCAAUUCCAAUGGCGGUAUACAAAUGGAUUGCUUGCAAUCAUUUUCUCUUUUGGAGUGCUUCUCACUGCGCUUAAAAGCAGAAGAGCAAGAACAUGGCGAUAUGGAACAGGGUGGCUUCGAGGUUUUGUUGCAGAUUAUGGGGUUCCGAUGAUGGUAGUGUCAUGGACAGCACUAUCAUAUGGUAUACCAGGCAGAGUUCCAGAAGGUGUUCCUAGAAGGCUUGUCUGUCCCCUUCCCUGGGAACCUGCGUCCCUCUAUCACUGGACAGUAGUGAAGGACAUGUUGGAGGUACCCGUGGUUUAUAUAAUUGCGGCAAUUGUUCCAGCUCUGAUGAUAGCAGGCUUAUACUUUUUUGAUCAUACUGUUGCCUCCCAGAUGGCACAACAGAAAGAAUUUAAUCUUCAAAAGCCAUCUGCUUACCACUAUGAUCUUUUGCUGCUUGGAAUAAUGACAAUAAUUUGUGGUGUCCUUGGCCUUCCCCCUUCAAAUGGAGUCCUUCCACAGUCCCCCAUGCAUACAAUGAGUUUGGCAGUUCUUAGGAGGCGGUUGAUCCGAAAGAGGGUGGUGAAGAGUGCCAAGGAAUGUAUUAAGCAGCAGAAGACCAACUCUGAAUUAUAUGGAAAGAUGCAAGCAGUGUUUAUAGAAAUGGAUACAGUCCCUACAGUUAAAGAAUUGGAGAAUUUGAAGGAAGCUGUAAUGAAAUCUGAUAACAAGGACGGUGCAAAGGAAAAAUUUGAUCCUGAGAGACACAUAGAUGCAUAUCUACCGGUCAGAGUUAAUGAGCAAAGAUUGACCAACAUAUUGCAGUCUCUCUUUGUUGGAGUGUCAAUCUUAGCCAUGUCUGUUAUCAAAAGGAUACCAACCUCAGUUCUAUGGGGUUAUUUUGGUUACAUGGCAAUUGAUAGUCUCCCAGGGAAUCAAUUCUGGGAAAGGAUUUUGCUCCUGUUCAUCACCCCAAGUCGGCGUUAUAAAACUUUGGAAGGUUCUCAUGCAUCAUUUGUGGAGACAGUACCAUUCAAGACCAUAGCUGCAUUUACAGCCUUGCAGAUUGUAUAUUUUCUGUUCUGUUUCGGGGUGACAUGGAUACCUAUAGGUGGAAUAUUGUUUCCUCUGCCAUUCUUCCUUCUUAUAGUUAUAAGAGAACACUUGCUUCCAAAGCUAUUCAAGCCUAGCCAUCUUCAAGAACUAGAUGCUUCUGAGUAUGAGGAAAUUGCUGGUGCUCCACUCAUGGUACAAUUUAUUCUUAUGACAAAUUAUGAUAAGGAGUCACGUGGUAAUGACGCUGAUGCAAGCUCAGAAGACUUCUACGAUGCAGAGAUAUUGGAUGAGAUUACUACCAACCGGGGAGAGUUGAAAGUUAGAACUGUUCAUCCUGAAGAUGCUGCCUGA